ACCAUGCCGGGCUGUCAGAUCCGGACAGGGUUUGUGCCGGUUCUGCUGGUCUGUUUCUUUCUGCUGUCGGCAUCUGGUUCAGGGAAUGCACGCAUGAUCAGGAAGAGGGGACUCAACCAGAAGGACUAUGAGUACCCUAACCAUCCUCAGACCGCUCAGCACCAGAAGAACGACCGCUGUCCUCCGCCACCGCAGAUGCUGCCCGAGCGAGCCUGUGAGGUGCCGGGCUGCCGGUCCGAUUCUGAGUGUGAGAGACACAAGCGGUGCUGUUACAACGGCUGCAUCUACGCCUGCCUGGAAGUCAGUGCAACCUCCACCCUGCUGGACUGGUUGGUGCAGCCCAAGCCGCGGUGGUUAGGAGGGAAUGGCUGGCUUUUAGAUGGACCAGAAGAAGUUCUGCAGGCUGAGGCCUGUAGCACCACAGAGGACGGAGAUGAGCCUUUGCUCUGCCCAACUGGUUACGAGUGCCACAUUAUCAAGCCGGGAAACCCAUCAGCUGGGAUCCCAAACCGAGGCCAGUGCAUCAAACAGCGUGGAAACUCAGAUGGACGUAGCCUGAGACACAAGUCCUUCAAAGAUUACAAGGAUGAUUUAGGAAGUAACUCCAACAAUGCAGUGAGCUAUGAGAAACAUCAGCACAAGCAUUUGGGCUGAGACAGGUUCCAUUUUGGAGGACUGAAGUAACCAGUAACCGCUGACCCUUAUACCUGAACCCCAACCAUCAAAUCCAACAGAACUGCACAAGCCUUUCUCUUCAGCUCAAACCAGAGAUCGGUUCAUAUCUGGUGCUCUUUUUCUUAGGCGCUUAAUGUGGAGUGACAGAAAUGCAAAGCUAAAAUUUCCUACCUCUUAUAAAAGCCAAAAACAGACCACAGAAAGUAUCAAAGAACUUAUACAAUAAUAUGUCUUUUACAUAUGCCUACUUUGGGUGAAAAGCAGAAUUAACUAAGUGAGUUGUGUUAAAGGAAGAUAUUUUGUGUGGUUUUUAUGCUGCUGAGUCUGAACUUUUUUUCCACUUUAAACACCAAAAACAGCUAUGUAUGCUAAAUGCUCAGUUACUGUGUGGAUUUAAAUUUUGGUACAGAAAUGCUCCAUAAAGACUGAAAUUACUUACAACACAAUUAUGUUUCUCCUUUAAAGUGUUUUAUUUUUUUCCCCAAAAUCAUGUGUUUAGGUGCUUGCCUCAACUAGUUCAGAAUUACCAAGCAACAGUUAAAUCCCGUCUGUGCUCUAUCACUGCAAGCUAUUUGUUUUUCAUAUGGUGCUCCAAUCAAUAACUGUGGUUGUUGUUGUUUACUCAUUGUGCAGAUCUAUGCUUUACUCUAGGCUACUGCUCUCUGAUAAACUAUACAAAUCUGACGAGUGGGACAAACCACAAUACAGCUUUCAGUAAAACAAAACAUUUGAAACUGGUGCUGCAUAUACUGCCUUGUAAUUCCAAAUAAAACAUUUGAUAAAAUAUA